AUGGUUGUAUUGUUGCUGUAUUCAUCUAUUUAUGAUGGAAAUGUUCAGGUUGAAGCGAAUUGUCCCAAGUGUGUAGCAGGGUAAUAGUUUAUGAAUUUUCCAAGCUUACACGGAGCAUGUAAACGCACCACAGCAGUGACUGUGUCGUACACACACAGAAACAAAUAUAAAAAGAAAAGGAAAUAGUUUUCGAAACAAUACCACUUCCAGUCGAGCAACGCUGUCUUUGGCCCUUUUCACUAUUACAAGACCCAGUUUAAACAUAAUGCUAUAACCUCUGCACUACCGUAUUAAUAGAGAGGUGUUUUUAUUUCACUACUCUUAACGGUGUGGUGAGGUUAGCUUGCUAGCUUAUUGGUUUGAAUGCAGCUAAUGCUAACAGCAAUGCCCCUCGUGCGAACGUGUUUGCACACAAAAGGACAAACUCCGCUCACAUACUAGCCAUUGUUCCCAUACGAGGAGAAAGUGUGUGUGGUGUUUUGCAAGGCCCAAGCCAUGGAGGAAGACAGUUCAUCUGUGACAGAGCACUCCUCAGACGAAAGUGACGUAGCCUUCGACAUUGAAUAUGUCAUAAAAUCGGAUACCUCCCCUGAGCCUGAGGAUGACAAAAAGCCCAAGAAAAAGCAAUGCAAGAGCCACCCUUGCACCGUUUGCAACAAAAUAUUUGACAGGCUUUCCAAACUUAACAGGCACCAAUCUGUACACAUAAGGCCAAAGACCUUAAAGACUCUCUAUACCUGUCUGCAUUGUGAGAAGACUUUCACAGAAGAAGAGAAACUGUUACGACACCAGGAUACCCACAACCGGAAAAAGGAGCACCCGUGCCCCGACUGCAAUAAAGUGUUCAACAAGCCUUCCAGGCUAGCGCGGCAUCAACGCAUCCACGCCAGGAAACCAAAGGUGCCCCACCAGUGUUCCUUCUGCUCCAAGACAUUUGAUAAACUUUACAGGCGUAUCCGUCACGAGCGAAUGCAUACGGGCGAGAGGCCUUUCACCUGCUCCUUCUGCAAGAAGGGAUUCUCCGAGAUGGGUCACUGCAAAGCUCACGAAAAGACGCACCAGGACAAUCCGGAGAAGCCCCACCGUUGCCCUGACUGCGACAUGUCCUUCUUCAAGGCCUCGGAACUCGGUCGACACCAGCGCUCGCACACCGGGGAGAAACCUUUUCAGUGCAGCGAAUGUGGCAUCACCUUGGCCCGUUCCGAGAGUCUGAAGAGACACAUGAGGAGCCACACGGGCGAGCGGCCGUACGUCUGCAUCACUUGCAGCAAGGGAUUUUACUCCCGUCGGGAUUUAAACAUUCACCUUGUGAUCCACUCGGGAGAGAAGCCCCACCUGUGCCCCGUGUGCGGCAAAGGGUUUGCGCAGCUGGGUAACAUGAAGGAGCACAAAAAGAACGUCCAUGUAAGGUCCGGCAAGUACGUUUGCAACAAAUGCGGGGCCACAUUCACCAGGUACAAGUCUCUGAACAUGCACCAACGGGUGCACACCGGGGAGAGGCCUUAUCUCUGCCUGCCGUGCGGUCGCAGCUUUUCCUGGAGUCACUGCCUGUGCAGACACCGCAGGACUCAGGCUCACAAGCAGAUGUUGAGCAACGCAGCCAAAAGCCUAGAAGAUUUUCAAGAGCUCGUUGAGGAUCCAUGCAGUUGAACAUUGAUCUGGCACUGGCCUCGCAAAACUGGUGCCAGCCGGGGCCUGGACGAGACCCCCUUGUUUCCCUUCAGUCAUAGUAAUCAAGACAAUUGGGCCAAUUUUAUGUGGCACAGUUUGGUGAAGGCCUUUUCUUUUUCCACCAUGACUGUGCCACCAGGCACAGUGCAAGUAGGGACUGGUAUUUAACUACAUGUCCAUGAUUGACUAAAAUCAGUUGAUACUUUUCCGACAGAAACAGUCGCUUCCAACAAAAUCGGGCGGGAGAAGUGAGUGUCACGUGUUUUUCUAAAGAAAUAUAAGGUUAACUUGUCCCACCCACGUUAGCCCAAGAUCAUUAACGACCCUGUAAUGUGAAUUCAGAGAUUUGUUUCUAAAUACAUUCUGCACAUAUUGAAGAUAAUUGCUGAAAAUGUGCAAAGACUGCUUACGCUGUACAAACAUACUGAAUUGUUGAGAUGUAGUGUUUUUCAUCAUUUCAGUUUUCAGUUUGGGUGAGGCUAAAACCGGCGCCCAGUGACGCCCAAUAAAACUUUGGCAGAGCAAGUCUGCAGAUGUCUAAAAAAAAGAAAAUGCACAAUAUGCACAAGAAAUAACUUACUAUCAUGGAGGUACAACCCCACGAAAACAUAAUGUUGGUUGAUUGAAAUAAACCCCAAUUCCAAUGAAGUUGGGACCUUGUGUUAAACAUAAAUAAAAACAGAAUACAAUGAUUUGCAAAUCAUGGUCAACCUAUAUUUAAUUGAAUACACUACAAAGACAAGAUAUUUAAUGUUCAAACUGAUAAACUUCAUUGUUUUUAGCAAAUAAUCAUUAACUUAGAAUUUUAUGGCAGCAACACAUUCCCAAAAAGCUGGGACAGGGUCAUGUUUACAACUGUGUUACAUCAACUUUUCUUUUAACAACAUUCAAUCAACGUUUGGGAACUGAGGACACUAAUUGUUGAAGCUUUGUAGGUGGAAUUCUUUCACAUUCUUGCUUGAUUUACAGCUUCAGCUGUUCAACAGUCCGGGGUCUCCGUUGUCGUAUUUUAUGCUUCAUAAUGCGCCACACAUUCUUAAUGGGAGAUCGGUCUGCACUGCAGGCAGGCCAGUCUAGUACCCGCACUCUUUUACUACGAACACGUGCAGAAUGUGGCUUGGCAUUGUCUUGUUCAAAUAAGCAUGGGUGUCCAUGAAAAAGACAUUGCUUGGAUGGCAGCAUAUGUUUCUCCAAAACCUGUAUGUACCUUUUAGCAUUAAUUGUGCCUUCACAGAUGUGUAAGUUACCCAUGCCACUGGCACUAACACAGCCCCAUACCAUCACAGAUGCUGGCUUUUGAACUUUGCGUCCAUAACAGUCUGGAUGGUUAUUUUCCUCUUUGGCCCGGACAACACGACGUCCACAAUUUCCAAAAACAAUUUGAAAGGUGGACUCAUCGGACCACAGAACACUUUUCCACUUUGCAUCAGUCCAUCUUAGAUGAGCUCGGGCCCAGAGAAGCUGGCGACGUUUCUGGGUGUUGCUGAUAAAUGGCUUUUGCUUUGCAUAGUAGAGUUUUAAGUUGCACUUAGGGAUGUAGCGCCGAACUGUAUUUACUGACAUUGGUUUUCUGAAAUGUUUCUGAGCCCAUGUGGUGAUAUCCUUUACACAUUAAUGUCGGUUUAUGUUUCUGUGCCGCCUGAGGGAUCGAAGGUCACGAGCAUUGAAAGUUGGUUUUCGGCCUUGCCGCUUACAUGCAGUGAUUUCUCCAGAUUCUCUGAAGCUUUUGACGAUAUUAUGGACCGUAGAUGAUGAAAUCCCUAAAUUCCUUGCAGUUGUACGUUGAGGAACAUGGUCCUUAAACUGUUGGACUAUAUUCUCACGUACUUGUUCACAAAGAGGUGAACCUCGCCCCAUCUUUGCUUGUGAAUGACUGAGCAAUUCAGGGAAGCUCCUUUUAUACCCAAUCAUGGCACCCACUUGUUCCCAAUUAGCCCGUUUACCUAUGGGAUGUUCCAAACAGAUGUUUGUUGAGCAUUCCUCAAUUUUAUCACUUUUUUGCAACCUGUCCCAGCUUUUUUGGAACGUGUCGCAGCCAUAAAAUUCUAAGUUAAUGAUUAUUUGCUAAAAACAAUUAAGUUUAUCAGUUUGAACAUUAAAUAUCUUGUCUUUGUAGUGUAUUCAAUGAAAUAUAUUGAACAUGAUUUGCAAAUCAUUGUAUUCUGUUUUUAUUUAUGUUUAACACAACGUACCAACUUCAUUGGAAUUGGGGUUGUCGAUAAUAGAACAGUAAGCGAACACUGAAGAGACAAAAUAAAUAAAAUAGAACAAAUAAAGUGUCAGGUGCUGAGUUGUCUUGCAUUGUUGAUAUGGAGAAUGAUAGUAUUGUUGCUGUGUUCAUGUAUGUCAGUUGGAAAUCUUCAGGUUGAAGCGUACUGUUUGUCCCAAGUGUGUCUCGGGGUGAUAGUAUGUGAAUUUUCCAAGCUUCCACGGAGCAUGUAAACGCACCACAGCAGUGACCGUUCCUCAAACACCCACACACGUAAAUUAAAAGCCAAUAGUUUUCGGAACAGUAACACCUCCAGUUUAGCCACGCCAACUUUCACUAUUACAAGACCCAGUUUAAACAUAAUGCUAUAACCUCUGCACUACUGUAAUAAUAGAGAGGCCCCAGCCAUGGAGGAAGACAAUUCAUCUGUGACAGAUCACUCCUCAGACGAAAGUAAGUAUUGACAAGUGACGCAGCCUUCGACAUUGAGUAUGUCGUAGAAUCGGAUACCUCCACUGAUCCUGAGGAUGACAAAAAGCCCAAGAAAAAGGAAGGGAAGAGCCACCCUUGCACCGUUUGCGACAAAAUAUUUGACAGGCUUUCCAAACUUAACAGGCACCAAUCGGUACACAAAAGGCCAAAGACCUUAAAGACUCACUAUACCUGUCUGCAUUGUGAGGAGACUUUCACAGAAGAAGAGAAACUGUUACGACACCAGGAUUCCCACAACCGGAAAAAGGAGCAGCCCGUGCCCCGACUGCGAUAAAGUGUUCAACAACCCUUCCAGGCUAUUGCGGCAUCAACGCGUCCACACCAGGAAACCAAAGGUGCCCCACCAGUGUUCCUUCUGCUCCAGGACAUUCGAUAAACUGUCCAAGCGUAUCCGUCACGAACGAAUGCACACGGGCGAGAGGCCUUUCACCUGCUCCUUCUGUAAGAAGGGAUUCUCCGAGAUGGGUCACUGCAAAGCUCACGAAAAGAAGACGCACCAUGACAAUCCGGAGAAGCCCCACCGCUGCCCCGACUGCGACAUGUCCUUCUUCAGGGCCUCUGAACUCGGUCGACACCAGCGCACGCACACUCGGGAGAAACCUUUUCAGUGCAGCGAUUGUGGCAUCACCUUCGCCAGUUCCGAGAAUCUCAAGAGACACAUGAGGAGCCACACGGGCGAGCGGCCGUAUGUCUGCAUCACUUGCAGCAAGGGAUUUUACUCCCGUCAGGAUUUAAACAUUCACUUGCUGAUCCACUCAGGAGAAAAGCCCCACCUGUGCCCCGUGUGCGGCAAAGGGUUUGCACACCUGGGCAACAUGAAGGAGCACGAGAAGAACGUCCACGCAAAGUCCAGCAAGUACGUUUGCAACAAAUGCGGGGCCACAUUCACCUGGUACAAGUCUCUGAACCUGCACCAGCGGGUGCACACUGGGGAGAGGCCUUAUCUCUGCCUGCCGUGCGGUCGCAGCUUUUCCUGGCGUCACUGCCUGAGCAACCACCGCAGGACUCAGGCUCACAAGCAGAUGUUGAGCAACGCGGCCAAAAGCCUAGAAGAUUUUCAAGAGCUCGUUGAGGAUCAAUGCAGUUGAAAACUGAUCUGGCACUGGCCUCGCAAAACUGGUGCCAGACAAGCACUAACGUUUUGGCUGUACGAGACCCCUGUUUCCCUUCAGUUGUAGUAAGUUGUCAUAAAGAUAAUUUGGACAACUUUAUGUGGGACAGUUUGGGAAAGGCCUUUUCUUUUCCAGCAUGACAGUGCCACCAUGCGGGAACAUUGUCCUUAAACUGUUCGACUAUUUUCUCACGCACUUGUUCACACAGAGGUGAACCUCGCCCCUUCUAUGCUUGUGAAUGGCUGAGCAAUUCAGGGAAGCUCGUUUUAUACCCAAUCAUGGCACCCACCUGUUCCCAAUUAGCCUGUUCACCUGUGGGAUGUUCCAAACGGGUGUUUGAUGAGCAUUCCUAACUUUCUCAGUCUUUUUUGCCACCUGUCCCAGCUUUUUGGAACAUGUUCCAGCCAUGAAAUUCUAUGUUAAUGAUUAUUUGCGAAAAAAACAAUUAAGUUUAUCAGUUUGAACAUUAAAUAUCUUGUCUUUGUA